CGCGGGCACAGCAGCCAGGCUGCCGGAGAGCUGAUCUCGGGGAUUCGGGUGCGGAGCCCUUGGCCUGGAGGCGAUAUGGGUGGUCCUUGGCCGGGUUCAGUCGUUUGCAGCCGCCUGGGGAACAGGCCUGUCUGGCCCUAAGGGAGCCCUCUUUCGAAGUGGUGGUGCUUGGACGACCCGCUCUCUGCUCUCUGCGUUGCUGGGCACCUGUAGGUGUCCCUCGAGAGCUCAGUUUUGAGGUUCAAGUCAGUGUGGCCAUGAAGGGGCUGCCUAUUGGGCUGAUGCUGUGACCCCGGAGUCUGCCUCUCCUGCCAGUACCCCUGCCCGGAACAUGUGGCUGCAGCUUGGCCUGCCCUCGCUGUCCCUGAGCCCCACGCCCACAGUUGGCCGGAGUCUGUGUCUCACGCUGUGGUUCCUCAGUUUGGUGCUGAGGGCCAGUACACAGGCCCCAGCACCCACAGUCAAUACUCACUUUGGGAAGCUAAGGGGUGCCAGAGUACCAUUGCCCAGUGAGAUCCUGGGUCCUGUGGACCAGUACCUGGGGGUACCCUACGCAGCUCCCCCGAUCGGCGAGAAACGCUUCCUGCCCCCUGAACCACCCCCAUCCUGGUCAGGCAUCCGGAACGCCACACACUUUCCCCCAGUGUGCCCCCAGAACAUCCACACAGCUGUGCCCGAAGUUAUGCUGCCAGUCUGGUUCACUGCCAACUUGGAUAUCGUCGCUACUUACAUCCAGGAGCCCAAUGAAGACUGCCUCUACUUGAAUGUCUAUGUGCCCACGGAAGAUGGAUCCGGCGCUAAGAAACAGGGCGAGGACUUAGCGGAUAAUGACGGGGAUGAAGAUGAAGACAUCCGCGACAGUGGUGCUAAGCCUGUCAUGGUCUACAUCCACGGAGGUUCUUACAUGGAAGGGACAGGCAACAUGAUUGAUGGCAGCGUUCUCGCAAGUUAUGGCAACGUCAUCGUCAUCACCCUCAACUAUCGGGUCGGGGUGCUAGGUUUCCUAAGCACCGGGGAUCAGGCUGCCAAGGGCAACUAUGGACUCCUUGACCAAAUCCAGGCCCUCCGCUGGGUGAGUGAGAAUAUUGCCUUCUUUGGAGGAGAUCCCCGUCGAAUCACGGUCUUUGGCUCGGGCAUUGGUGCAUCCUGUGUCAGCCUCCUCACACUGUCUCAUCAUUCUGAGGGGCUUUUCCAGAGGGCCAUCAUCCAAAGUGGCUCUGCUCUAUCUAGCUGGGCUGUGAACUACCAACCAGUGAAGUACACCAGUUUGCUGGCAGACAAAGUGGGCUGUAAUGUGCUGGACACGGUGGAUAUGGUGGAUUGUCUUCGACAAAAGAGCGCCAAGGAGCUGGUAGAACAGGACAUUCAGCCAGCCCGCUACCAUGUGGCUUUUGGCCCUGUGAUUGAUGGUGAUGUCAUUCCUGAUGACCCCGAGAUCCUGAUGGAACAGGGAGAGUUCCUCAACUAUGAUAUCAUGCUAGGUGUCAACCAGGGUGAGGGUCUCAAGUUUGUAGAAGGGGUGGUAGACCCUGAGGAUGGUGUCUCGGGCACUGACUUUGACUACUCUGUCUCCAAUUUUGUGGACAAUCUGUAUGGCUACCCUGAGGGUAAGGACACCUUGCGGGAGACCAUCAAGUUUAUGUAUACAGACUGGGCAGAUCGUGACAACCCUGAGACCCGCCGUAAAACCCUGGUGGCGCUCUUCACUGACCACCAGUGGGUGGAACCUUCAGUGGUGACGGCUGAUCUGCAUGCCCGAUAUGGCUCACCUACCUACUUUUACGCCUUCUACCAUCACUGCCAGAGCCUCAUGAAGCCCGCGUGGUCAGAUGCAGCUCAUGGGGAUGAAGUGCCCUACGUCUUUGGUGUCCCUAUGGUAGGUCCCACUGACCUUUUCCCCUGCAACUUCUCCAAGAAUGACGUUAUGCUCAGCGCUGUUGUUAUGACCUAUUGGACCAACUUUGCCAAGACUGGGGAUCCCAACAAGCCGGUACCCCAGGAUACCAAGUUCAUUCACACCAAGGCCAACCGCUUUGAGGAAGUGGCCUGGUCCAAAUACAAUCCCCGGGACCAGCUCUACCUUCACAUCGGGCUGAAACCAAGGGUUCGUGAUCAUUACCGAGCCACCAAGGUAGCCUUUUGGAAACACCUGGUGCCCCACCUGUACAACCUGCAUGACAUGUUCCACUAUACAUCCACGACCACCAAAGUGCCGCCCCCGGACACCACCCACAGCUCCCACAUCACUCGCAGGCCCAAUGGCAAGACCUGGAGCACCAAGCGGCCAGCCAUCUCACCCGCCUACAGCAAUGAGAAUGCCCCUGGGUCCUGGAAUGGGGACCAGGAUGCAGGGCCACUCCUGGUCGAGAACCCUCGAGACUACUCCACUGAACUAAGUGUCACCAUUGCCGUGGGGGCCUCCCUCCUGUUUCUCAAUGUGUUGGCCUUUGCUGCCCUUUAUUACCGUAAGGACAAACGGCGCCAGGAGCCCCUGAGGCAGCCUAGUCCCCAGAGGGGAACUGGUGCCCCUGAAUUGGGAACUGCUCCAGAGGAGGAGCUGGCAGCAUUACAGUUGGGGCCCACUCACCACGAAUGUGAGGCUGGCCCACCCCAUGACACACUGCGCCUCACAGCAUUGCCCGACUAUACCCUGACCCUGCGGCGGUCCCCUGAUGACAUCCCACUCAUGACCCCCAACACCAUCACUAUGAUUCCCAACUCCCUGGUUGGGCUGCAGACCUUGCACCCCUAUAACACCUUUGCCGCGGGGUUCAACAGUACUGGGCUGCCCCACUCACACUCCACUACCCGUGUAUAGCUCUAGCGCGGAGCACAACCCACCUCCCAGCCCCCUCCCUCCCAGCCCCACAAACACACAUGCACACACAUACACAUAUAUGUACACGCACGCACCCACACCCUACAGCAGACCCAUCUGCACAAACACAGACAGAUGUGGACAUGCACCCGCAUGUACAAAAACACAAAUCCAGAAGUGAACCUGAACAGGCCCUUCAAAUGGGGACACAUAUGAGUCCUUGGUACCAAGGGCCCAUGGAAUAGCAGCUGGAGCCAGAUCCCUGAACCCGACCAGACACUCCU